AUGUUGACACCCUUCCUCCUCGCCGCAAUACCGCUCCUGGUGGUCUACCUAAUACGGGAGAUUCACUACCGGCGCUUCAAGCAGCAUGCCGACUUGCCACAGCUCCAGCCGUCCUUCAUAUGGGGACACCUGAAGGCGUUUAACGAGUUCCUCUCACGCGGCUCUCCGGACCGUCAUGUGGAUUAUGUCUUCACUGAGAUCAAGGAAGCGCUGGGCAACCCGUCGGUGGUGUUUCUGGAUCUCCGACCGGUCUCGUACCUCAUGUGCAUUAUCAACGGCCACGAGGUCGCCGAGCAGAUCUCGCGGUCCUCGAAACUGUUCCAAUGGAGCACCCCCAAGUCGCCUACCCUGGCAGAUUUGCAGCGCCUAACCGGGCCAGAGUCACUCUUGAACAAGGAGGGGGAGGAAUGGAAGACCCUGCGCAGGAGGUUUAACCCCGGCUUCGCCCCUCAGCAUCUGAUGACCCUUCUGCCCUGUGUUCUGGACAAGACCUGGUAUUUUCUAGGGCACCUUGACAGCUACGCGCGAACCGGCGAGGUGUUUGGCCUCGACGAGCUGUGCACCAACCUAACUUUCGACAUCAUUGGUGCCGUGACCAUGGACGUCGACUUUGACGCACAGCUCGGCCAGUCGCGCCAGAGCGAGUUCAUCGACCUCUACCGCAAGCUGAUACUCAGCUAUUCCGGCGCCUACAACAACAGGAUCAUCCCGCUGAACCUGCGCACCCAGUUCUACCGCUGGCGCCUCUCCCGGCGCAUCGACCAGCUCCUGCAGAGCCUGAUCCAGCAAAAGUUCGCCGAGCAGCGGCAGCUGGGCUCGUCGGCCAAGUCGCGCAGCGUCCUGUCGCUCAGCCUGCAGGACACGGAGACGCUGACGCCGGCGCUGGUGCGCCAGACGUGCGACCAGCUCAAGACGUUCCUGUUCGCGGGCCACGACACGACCAGCAUCCUGCUGCAGUGGGUGUUCUACGAGCUCUCGCGCACGCCGCGCGCCCUGGCCGCCGUCCGCGCCGAGCUCGACGACAUCUUCGGCCCGGACUCGGACCCGGCCGUCGUCCGCGCCCGCCUGCUCGCCCAGGGCGACGAGGCCACCCGCCGCAUGACAUACACCUCGGCCGUCAUCAAGGAGACCCUGCGCCUGUACCCGCCCGCCGGCACGGCUCGCAUGGCGCCGCCCGGGUCGGGAAUGAUGGUUCGCCUGCCCGAGACGGGCGCGGAGGUCUGCCUCGAUGGCAUCGUGCUGUAUAACUGCGCGACCAUCGUGCAGCGCGACCGCGCCGUGUUUGGGGAUUCGGCCGAUGACUUUGUGCCCGAGCGCUGGCUGGGCAACACGGAUACGUCGAUGAGCACCAACGGCGGCGGCGAUGGGCUGGAGGAGAAGGCGGGAGGGGAGGACGGGCGCGGCGGCGGCGGCCGGGUGCCGGCGAGCGCAUGGCGGCCCUUUGAGAGGGGGCCGAGGAACUGUAUCGGCCAGGAGCUGGCGAACCUCGAGGCGAGGGUGAUUCUGGCCUGUGUGCUGAGGCGGUACGACUUUGUCAAGGUUGGGCUCGGGGAGAGCGUGCUGGAUGAGAAGGGACUGCCGGUGGUGAAUGGCAAGGGGCAGUAUGAGGUUAAGGCCGAGCUGUACAGCACUAACCAGAUCACUUCGAAACCGGUGGAUGGGACGAAAGUGAGGGUGAAGCUGAGCCCGACGGCUUCGGGGAACCUCUCCUGA